AUGUUUACAACGUUUCCACAAGAAGGCUCUAUGCCGAAGAACAAAGGUGACAUUUUAGAUACCAAAAGACUUGGUUAUGCCUGGAGAAUGACAGAAGAAUGUGUUAUUACCUCAGGUCAUAGUGCUGUAGCGAAUACUUUGAUAAGAGGCCUUAGUAGAACGGAUAAGUGUUACGUUCAGUCCCAGUGUGCACCUUCUGCUCCCUCAGAGAUUCCACCGCAUCAGUCUGAUAACAGGUAUUACGUGCAGACCCCGGACGGAAGUUUUAUCGAAGAUAGCAUACAAGAACAACAGCAGCCACAAGAAAACGCGACCACUGGAAGCGUUCAAACCAGAUUCCGGGGAGUCAGGGAAGUAAGCCAGAAGGGAAUUCACAAAGUACUCAUCUACGAGAUCCCGGAUAGUUCGUUGGCCUAUGUCUUCGCCUUCAAGGGCAAGACUUCUAUGCCGGACAUCUGCACGUAUCGCUGCAUGCAGUGCAAAAAAGUGAACAAAUACACCACAGUUUUGGUUCACGGUGACGACUUUCUGGAAGAUCCAACUCGGCUUCGACACCAAUGCAUUCCAAUCAAAAGGACCAAAGAUAAGGCCACCAGAAUGUCGUAUGAGGUGAUAUCACUACUGCAAGCUUUGGGAAAAUUUAUCAAAGAAUUGCAGUGCCUGCAACAGAUCCGCCGUGACGAGGACGCAUCCUUAUUACCUACGGUGAAGUAUUUUUUGGAUGUAAUAGACAGAAUUGAGAAUAUGGAGUGGGGAGAUAUUAACAAAAAGCUGUCCGUCCUCGCAUACUACCAUGGAAGAGGAUAUGAAUGUAGAAGAUCAGCACUGAGCAGAGCCGUAAAAAGAAACAUUCGAGAAGUGGAUAUGGACAAUAUUCCAACUCAGCUGAAAUUGUUGCGCGAUGGAAGCCCUUUUCUUCAAGUACAGCAACCACUGAUGCAUAUAUACAUGUCCCAAGAUAUACGUGCUGUUGAAAAUGGGCUACACGCAUUGAUCGGAGAUGGGAUUCACCAACUAAAUCCACGUAGCAAACGCGGUUCUGAUGUUAGGAUAGAGGAAGGACAAGUGUAUACAAUACAUGGAGUGUGUCAAGGAGGAUUCGAGGUAAGAUGUCGUGAUUUACCACUCAACCUCGGAAAGUCCCACUUCAGAUUCCGUUACUGUUUGCUAUAAUG